UGCUAUGUAUUUGUUGAGUUUUGCGGUUCCGCACCCAAAAAAAAAAAGUUCAAUUAAAUUCUCCUCCUUUACUCUUCCUUUUAUGAACAGUUGAAGAGUAAAACUUUUAUACUAUUUUAACUAAAAUCCCCAACUUCCACCAACAAUUUUCCUCUAUCUGAUCUAAAUCUUUCGAUUUUCUCUUCUCUUCCUGAUCUAAUCUUUGCCUGCAAAAUUUGUGGAAGAUGAGUGAGGUUUUCGAAGGUUAUGAGCGACAGUACUGCGAACUCUCCGCCAAUCUUUCCCGGAAAUGCAAUUCUGUUUCUGUUAUUCAUGACUCAGAGCAGAAGAAACAGAAUCUUUCCGAGAUAAGUUCUGGGAUUGACGAGGCUGAUGUCCUGAUUCGGAAAAUGGACCUGGAAGCGAGGAGUUUGCAACCAGGGGUUAAGGCAACUCUUCUUGCUAAAUUAAGGGAAUAUAAAGCUGAUCUGAAUAAAUUGAAGAAGGAAUUCAAGAGAAUUUCUUCACCCAACGCUCAUGAUGAAUUGUUGGAAUCGGGAAUGGCUGAUAUGCACUCGGUUUCAGCUGAGCAAAGGGAUCGAUUGUCGAUGUCGGUGGAGAGACUAAAUCAGUCAAGUGACAGAAUUAAGGAAAGUAGAAGAACUGUUCUGGAAACAGAGGAGCUUGGUAUCUCUAUCCUUGAAGAUUUGCAUCAACAGCGACAAACUCUCCUGCAUGCCCAUAACAAGCUUUAUGAUGUGGAUAGCGCCAUUGACAAGAGCAAGAAAGUUUUAACAACCAUGUCACGAAGGAUUACCAAGAACAAAUGGAUUGCUGGCUCAGUCAUCGUAGCUCUCGUCAUUGCAAUCAUCGUAAUCUUUUAUUACAAGAUUUCACAUCGCUGAUAAAUCAUUUGAACCAUCGUUCUGCAAUUUGUAUAUGUUAAUCCAGGCAUUCGCUUCUUCCACAUUUAUGUAAUGUUUUGACACUUUGAACCGGUUAUUGUAUUACGUAUAUGUUCUCUUUC